AAUGACGUGCUGCAGAGCAGACGACGUGCGUGCUCUCAACAUGGUUCUCAAAUAGACAACUGAGACGGACUGACACCGACACCGGGACCGGGUUUGGGAGAGACAGAGGAGGGUGUGGGGACCACCUGGCGCUGACACAAUACGAGGAUGGGUGACAUAACAGAAGUUGAGACAAGAUUCUACUCCAAAGCAGAGGACUACUGGAGGGAGGUCCCCCCCACAGUGGAUGGCAUGCUGGGAGGCUACGGCAGCAUCUCCAGCAUCGAUAUCAAUGGAUCCAAGGCUUUCCUGCAGAAGUUCCUUGGUGAAGGGGAAGGGAAGACGAGCGCAGGCUGUGCCCUGGACUGCGGAGCGGGCAUCGGGAGGAUCACCAAACGUUUACUGCUGCCUCUGUUCAAGACCGUGGACCUAGUGGACGUGACGCAGGAGUUCCUGGACAAGGCCAAGACGUACCUGGGCGAGGAGGGCAACAGAGUGGGCAGGUACCUUUGCAGCGGCCUGCAGGACUUUGUACCAGAAAGUGGACGCUAUGAUGUCAUCUGGAUCCAGUGGGUCAUUGGCCACCUGACAGACGACCACCUGGUGGACUUCCUGCGGCGUUGCCAGAAAGCCCUGCGGCCGAACGGCCUCAUCGUCAUCAAGGACAAUGUGGCGUACGAGGGCGUGGUCCCCGACGAGGUGGACAGCAGCGUCUGCCGCGAUCUGGAAAUAGUUCACAGUCUGGUGGGCAGAGCGGGCCUCCGCAUCGUCCACGAGGAGCAACAGAUUAACUUCCCCAAGGAGAUCUACCAAGUCCACACACUGGCUCUCAGAUAGGACGGGACUGAUGGGGGGCUGGGGGGGCUCGUGUACACAGGAUUUCUAAUGUGGAAAUUGUUUUUCUAGUAAGCAUUUAAUAUCGGUUAGGAAAUGAUCUGCAGUGCGACAUGUUUGUGGAACGUGUGUUGCUAAGUCUUCUGCUCGGUUCUUAUUGCCGAGUCAUCUUUUUCUGGGCUACCAGGCUUAAAGCUUUAGUGAGUCACUAUUUUAUAUUAAUGAACGUCCGUUACAUUCAAGCCAUUGCCAAAUGGGUUGAUACAAACCUAAUUAAGAUUAUCAGCUCUCUGUCCAUCAUGUUUUUUUUUUUUUAAUCCUCUGUCUCCUCCUUGGCUACUAGCCACUGCGUGGAGGGGGUGCGCGCGGUCACGGAAGGCUUGUAUCAUGUGGACGCACCGACAGUUUUAUUGUCAUUACUUAGAAUGCCUCAUGGGGGCGACAGAAAUUACACACUAUAGCUUUAAGGUAAGGCAACAUUACACUUCUUUCUUACGAAUAUUUGCUCAGUCUCCCAUCUAAGAGACACAUUUUUAGCAUUUAUUUCCUGUGUCAGGUUAAACUUUGUCUGUGUGGAUACGCACAGCUGGCCAUUAAAAGGACUGAUGCGCUGUGUUUGCGUCAUCAACAAACCGCAUCACUAUUACCAGACUAGUUUGUAGUUUGGCAUCACUUUGCUCCAUAUUUAUUUAUUACCCACGUUGGAACUGUGACAGCGCCGGGCGGUUUCAUCCAACAGAAGGCCAAAGUGACCUCACUCUUACCCCAACGUCCUCUGGAUUCAGCUGCCUCUCCAUCUGGCUCCAUCGUCCACUGGAAGCUUUCAGAAGCGGAGCAUCUUCAAGCAGUCGAUUCUUAAUGGGACACAUUUCCAAUGUUUAGAGUAUUUUAUGGACAUUUUUCAUGUUGGCAACAUGUUUGCAGAACAGUGUGGCUACAGAGACUUUGUGGCUGUGUUUUACUGGUUUUAAUUAGGGAUGUCUCCAUCAACUCUCUUUUGGCCCAGAGUCCUUUGAUAUUGGGUAUUGUCCAUACUGAGUUUGAUCUGAUACUAACAUUUACAUAAAUGUUGAUUAAUGCAUCUGAGAAAUUGGAAUAAUGAGAAGCUGUAACUGAAUGUCUUGUGUACUGCUCUUUAUUAAUAUACUGUAAGAGGCUCUGGUAAUGGGCCAGUGUACUCCAUCACAACUAGGCUUGGGCCGGUGUAAACAUGUUCAAACCGGUUUGAUUUUCAGCCAAACACCUGAAAUGUGACCUCCUUCACCGCACAUUGGUGUCAGACACUAGCUGCUCCUUUGUGCAGUUCAUUUAUAAACUAACAUAUGUUAA